UAAAUGUUCUAACCGAAAAUGAGAAUGCUGCAUUGUGGGAGCUUUCUUUCGGCAAAGGGAAAGCAAGGUCACUAAUCAAAGAAAAUGUUUCGGGCUGUUCAAAAAAUCGGUUCUGCCUUUCAGACCGUCUCAAGACAAUCACUUCGAUGCUCAGCAAUAGCAUCCACCACUGUUAGAUACAGCCAUGGACAAGUAAAUACCAGUGACACAUAUCUUAAAAAAAUUCAAAGUGAACGAUGUGAUGGCUGGACGAUCAGAUCUGUCAUAAACGAUCUUCAGGGUGAAGAUUUUGUUGCUGAACCAGAACUUGUUAUAGAGGCCAUGAAAGUGUGCAGAAACCUAAAUGAUUAUGCACUUGCUGUUAGAUUUUUAGAGGCUAUUAAAGAAAAGAGCAGUGCAAACAAAGAUAUUUGGCCAUACAUGCUUCAAGAAAUUCGACCCACAUUAACAGAACUUGGAAUAUUGACACCAGAAGAAAUGGGAUACGAUAAGCCUGAACUAGCUAAGAGAGAUGUGUUUUCAAUGUAACAUAAAGAACUACUAGACAAUAGAAUAAAUAAAUUUUUUGUUACCAAAAUUUGCAAAGACUAUCUCAGUUCUAAUGUUUUCAUUGUUGAUCAUUUUAUUUAUGAGUGGAAGAGAAAUUAUAUCCAUAUCGAGUAAAAAAAAAAUUGUAGUAAAAUGAAAAUAAAAAAAUAUAAAAUCUA